UAUUUUCUUGUUGUUUUCGUGCAAACACUACCACGACAAAAAUAUUUGAUGUAUCGUCCUCUUAUCUCCUACCUGCUUACUUCCUGGUAUCUAGCUGGGUAGAUUAGAAAAACUGUUUUCAGUUCAACAUGGCGUCUGGCCGGAACAUACAUGGAACCCUAACGUUAAUACCUAUGGCAUUUGUUGCUAUUCUGCCUCUUUUUGUUCAUUCAUCAUAUAAUCUCGCGUUUGGGAAACAAGCGUCACAAAGUACAAAUUACCUGGGCUGGUAUGCUAACAAAGCAGUAGAUGGUAUCAUAGGAAAAGACGUGUUGGCUCAUGGAGAAGGAAGCUGUAGUUCUACUAAUCCGAUUGGACCAAGUGAGGCGUGGUGGAGAGUUGACCUUCAACAAAUAUCAAGGAUAAAACUUAUACAUAUCACGUACAGACAGUUGUACCCCUUUCGCCUUUCUGGAUUUUAUCUUUAUGUUUCCAAUACGACUGCUGUGGAUAAUCUACAGAACACUGGACAUCUGUGUUACCAUGACGACACAAAAAACCCGGAUCUCCCAUCAGUAAACCAAUAUCGUUAUUGUCCCGUUGACGGGAUAUAUGUCAUUUUCUACAACAGGCGUCCCGCUGAUAAUGGACCGAAGUCUAAUCCACACUACUCGACAAUAGACGCUGUUGUUGAAUUAUGUGAGGUGGAGGUGUUUGGUUGUCCCGUGAAUAGUUUCGGACCUACCUGUAAUGGAAUAUGUCACUGUGGCGUGGGUGGAUGUGAUCCUGACACUGGAAUAUGUGACGUCACUGGAUGUCAGAGUGGAUGGAUGGGGCUAACCUGCUCAAAUGAAUGUGAACGAGGAACAUUUGGCGUAGAUUGCAGCUCAACAUGUCAUUGUUCCACAGCCGGAUGUGAUAGAGUGACUGGAAGCUGUACAGUGCCAGGAUGUGAGGCAGGAUG